GAAGAGAUACAUUGACAUAUACAGUCUGUAUACGGAGGAAUUAUAAGAUAUUCAACGCGCUACAUAAUGGAAAGGGGUGAAGAACGGAUGUCGACUUUGCGGGAGGCUGGAUCCAUCAGAUUUCGCAUCACGUAUCCGUAGUUACUUUUCUCUACCUUCCUGAAAAGCAAGACCGGGACUUCUCUGAUCCGAUGAUGCAAAACAAAACCACAUUUAGGUAUGAUCCCGUUGCGUUGGUGUGGUUGUUAUGCAUUCCUAUCACACACUCCUGGGGUAUACCAGCCAAUGAGAAAAUGACAAUACAGCCGGGGAUGCUCCUCCAUAUUAAGCAAUACUACUAUGUAGAAUGCGGUGUAGUCAAUUUGAGUGAAACAAAAUAUAGAGCUUGUCAAAAACCGUUAAUCCCCGGUCUAGCUAGUCCCGGGAGUCUUUCCACUCAUGUAACAUUCCAUUCCAGUCACCCUGCAUCAUCAUACUCCGUACUCACUGAUUGGACAUCAUGCAGCAGUCAAUGUCAGCCAGCUUCACUCGGUUGUGGUACGGCAUUUGGGGGUUUCUGGAAUCUGGAGGAUUACACAUACCCAGGUCAUUACGAUCUGUCUUCACGGCAGAUAUAAAGUAAGGCCAUGCCUGCGAUCAAGUGUAGAAAGGUUUCCUAGAACUCGAAGGAUCUAUUUCGUAACUCCAACAACAACCCCUUAUGCCUUCCAAGUCGUACUAGGCGGAGCGGAGGCCUGUUCAUAAUAAUUUUUCAUCCGCGCCAGGGCCAAAAGUCCAUCAAGUCUUGCUCACCCCUCGGGCGACUUAAAACACGCCGUGAACAGCAGC